UCUUGUCUGGCAAAAGAUUGAACUGUUUCUGGCAGCUGUCACAAUGUCUCACACUGGAAUGCAGGGUAGCAUUGGAAGCCAUUCUGCUUCAAGUCUUCGCACUAACAGGAUGAUCAUUUAUGAGUAUGAAAACUUCCAAGGUCGCAGAAUGGAUAUCAAUACAGAGUGCAGAAACAUCUGCGAUCAGGGCUUCGAUAAAGUGGGGUCGAUCCGUGUUGAAUGUGGACCGUGGGUGGGUUUUGAACAGCAGAACUUCUGUGGUGAGAUGUUCAUGCUGGAGAAAGGAGAAUAUCCUCGUUGGGAUUCCUGGUCCAAUAGCUAUCGCACUGACUGUAUGAUGUCUUUCAGACCUGUGAGAAUGGAUGGGCAGGACCAUAAAAUUUGCCUUCAUGAAUGUGCUAACUUUGAUGGAAGAAAAAUGGAGAUCUGCGAUGAGGACAUUCCCAGUCUAUGGGCUUAUGGUUUCCAGGACAGAGUUGCCAGUAUUAAAGUAAUUGGUGGAACAUGGGUUGGCUAUGAAUAUCCAGGCUACAGGGGAUAUCAAUACGUGCUAGAAUGUGGAUCAUACAAACACUGGAAUGAAUGGGGUGCUCAACAACCUUUGAUUCAGUCCAUGCGCCGUGUGAAGGACCAACAAUGGUACAAGAGAGGUUGCUUUGAGUUUAUAAACUAAAACAAAUCAUGCUUUUAGACAGCCAUGGGAAUAAUUUUAUUGUUUUCAUAUCUGGACCACAGAAAUUAAUAAUCACUUAUCUGGUAUCAAUUGUUGUAUAUAAUUUCCCAUUUUUAAAUUAUAGUGGAUACUUUCGUGGACACUGCAAUAUUUUAUUUUGCUGGCAACAAAUCUCAAUUAUUUCAGAAUUAUCGCAAAAAAUAAUAGCUGGUUUAAGUCCAGCUUAUGUUUCUUAGCCCAAACUUUUCAGAACGCAUUAUGAAUCCCGUUCUUUGUGGGCCUGAAUAUGACUUUUGAAAAAUGGGGAAGGGAUGACCUCCUACAGUGUGGAUGACUCUCCGCUGUGACUUACUCAGGGAUGUGGACAUCUUCAGCAAACCUCACGUACAUAACACAACAUUCAUUAUUGAUCUUUGUUUCAUUUCCGAUACUUCAAAUAUUUGUACCUCAUGUCAUUUCCU